ACCUGCGGUUCCGGAACCGUCGAUGUGGGCCCACACUCCUCCCAAGCAACCGGGAAUGCCCGCCUCCUCCAGGCUCUGCCCUUCCGCCACGUGCUCCACCCAAACUCACCUUUCCCCACAUCGCCGCCGCCGCCGGAGCCACCUCGUCUCCGCCAUGGCUCAGUCUCCUGGUAGCAGCCGCCGCAGCAGCAGCAGCGCACGGUGGUCGCCGCCGGCGCUCCGGUUCGAUCUAGGGGCGCUCCUCGGUCGCAAGCAGAGGCCUGGCGGCGGAAGGCUGGAUUUGGGGAACUGGGUGCGGCGCGCGCUUUCGCGGCCUCCAGCCGCGGAGAGGGAGGUGGAGGUUGAGGCUGAGGCUGAGGAGGAGGGGCGAGACGCUGGAAACCGUGAGGAGGUGGAGGUCGGCAGCGAGGAGGCUGAUCACCUCGUCGUCAUGGUUAACGGCCUCGACGGAAGUACGUCGGAUUGGAAGUUUGGGGCGGAGCAGUUCGUGAAGAGGCUGCCUGGGAAGGUCUAUGUGCAUCGUAGUGAGUCCAAUCAUUCAAAGUUAACGUACGAUGGAGUCGAUGUAAUGGGUGAAAGACUAGCUGAAGAGGUGUGGCAAGUUGUCCAGAGGAGAAGAAACUUACGGAAAAUUUCUUUUGUUGCUCAUUCACUCGGUGGAUUGAUUUCAAGAUAUGCAAUUGGGAAACUCUAUGAACAUUCAGCAGGCAAAGAACCAUGCCUUAAUGUGGAUAGGCAUUUUGAUGAAGAGAAUAUGUGUGGAGGUGAUAAAAUAGCUGGCUUAGAACCAAUGAAUUUCAUAACGUCGGCUACACCACACUUGGGCUCAAGGUGGAAUAAUCAACUGCCCUUUCUUUUUGGUGUUCCACUUUUGGAGCGAAUUGCUGCAGAAACUGCACAUCUUAUAGUUGCGAGAACAGGUAAACAUCUGUUCCUCUCUGACAGGGAUGAUGAGAAGCCUCCACUUCUGGUGCGAAUGGUCGAAGAUUGCGAAGAUGGAAAAUUCAUGUCAGCCUUGCGCUCUUUUAAACGCCGUGUUGCAUACGCAAACAUAAAAUAUGAUCAUAUAGUUGGCUGGAGAACAUCAUCAAUUCGGCGUCAGGAUGAGUUACCUGAACUUCAGUUAACAGCAAUAGAUGAGAAGUAUCCGCAUAUUAUUCAUGUUGAUACUGCUAACUCGGAGGGGCCUCAGCAUGAGGAUUCUGUAGCAGCUUCACUCGCAGAUAGCCUUGAAGAUCUUAUUUGUGCAGAGAUCAUGAUCCGUGGCCUCACACAAGUGACCUGGGAACGUGUGGAUGUAUGCUUUCAUGAGAGCCGGCUAAAAUACAAUGCACAUUACAAUAUCCAGGUUAGGACCCAUCCAUCGAACUUGGACGGAGAAGAUGUCAUCUACCAUAUGAUAGACAACUUUCUAGUUUAGGCUGGUCAGUCUUGCUGAUUCUUUCCAGUGAAUUCGGCUGGAAGAAAUGUAUUAUUCGGCGGUGUAACUCCUAUGUAGUUAGACUAUUGAUAUCCUUUCAGGCCAACAUGCGUAAAGCUGAGCAUACAUGGUGUCUGGUGAUCACAGAAUGUGACCUCCUGAUUUCAUUGUUAAUGCUGUAGACUUAGGUCAUACAGUUAAUACUGUAAAUAUUAGCUCAUUAGUGUAAAAUGCUGUAGUAUUUGGAAGCUUGUUUCUACUGGA